AUGGAAUAGAGAAACAGCUUCAUUGAUUAGUAAAGUACCACAGGAAAUACUGCAAUUAGAGAGGUUUUAUAAGAGGAAGAGUGCAAACCAUACAUUGAGUGGGAAAACAAAGAUUAAGAAAUGAGCACAGAGCCACACUUUGAUGAAGCCGAUUUGUCUACAUCAUAAACCAUCUUUGAAAUACCCGACAUGGAUCAUGCAUAAUUAGAAAAUACCACAUUUAAGGACGAAGAAAAUACUUUUAAUGAGGAAAUCCAAAAAUUCAACAAUUUGGCCUAUGAUUAAAGACAAACAAACUAAAGGGUAUCACACGACAGAUUCAUAGUAUUUAUGGCACUUAUUCAGCAAAUUAUCUAAAAAACAAAUAAUGCUGUCAACAUAUAAACUCUUACUUAGGAAUUAGAGAGACUGUAUGAAGCCGCGUAGGAACCUUUUAAGAACGAGGAUAACGGAUAGUGGCAUCAUCAAGAUAUACUGGAUUUCUGCUGCCAAUUGUUGAAGGCCAAGCUGAAUGACUUAAAUGUAUGGGAGUAGAAAAAUGAAACACAGGAUGUACUAAAUUUGAGGAACCCAUAGCCUUAGGAUUAUUAGUUUGAGUCAAAAAAACAAUUCGAUCAAUUUCUGAGGAAUCAUUCUAAUCGAGACAACACAGAAAGAGCCUAAUGCCCAAUUCCAUUUAAGAAUUAGAACACUCUCCAGGCUCGUAAUAGAGUAGGUAAUUAUGGAUCUUAUGCCUAUUGUACCACUCGAGACACUUUUAAAAAAUAUCCUCCCUGA